AAUUAUGAUCAAUUCUUUUUUUGUAAUAUUUCCUGUUUUCUACUAUGUAGUAUUUUGUUUGUUUUUGUACAAAACGUCGUUAUGUAUUUUAUUAAAUAUUUUAUGAGAGGGGAUACCGUAUUACUAUGCUGCGCAUAUAAUAAAGUAAUGACAAUCGUCGCCGUAAUAACGAAAUUUUCCCACUAAACUCAAAUAUCAUGGAAGAAAAAAUAAAAUAUUACUUUUUCUCUAUCGAUAUGUUAAACGAUUUUUUCAUGAUGUUCAAGUUCACGUACAAAAAAAAAUAUUGAAUUUUUGUGUAUAAAUUUUGUCAGUAUACGUUUUUAAUUCUAUAUUUCCUCAUUAAAAUAAAAAACAAAAUUAUUUUCUUUUCCAAAUAUAUCAUGUCGUCUACGUCACCCAUGCAUAGUUGAAUGGAGGAGCGCGGGGGUACCACCACCACUCUGUGUAAUCUCUACACACAAAAUGGCCGCUCAUUGUUUGUCUCGCACCGUUUUCCAUACAUUCGUACACGUUUAUGCUUUAAAGUAUAUUAAUCUGGGUGUUAUUUUUUUUGCAUUCAAACUUUAAUUUCAACUGUGUAAUUGAUAGUCGGUGUUUAUUUUCGUGUUAACACUCGUAUUUACGAUUUUCGCUUGUUAACGAACACGUUUACUGGCUGUGCCACUUCACCUCCUCACCUUGACAGCAUUAUAAUCGCUAUAUUUGGGUGAAACGAAAGAUUUUUAUGUUUUUUCCUUAGAAAUAAUUAAAUUAAAAAAAUAUUUUAUUUUCGCGACGUUAUUUAAAAAGAAACCAACAUUUUCUAUUCAGGCGUAUUGUCUCGUAACGGGAACAACUGCUCACAUCACUUAAAAUGCAUCAGAAUGCCACAGAAGAAGAGUCGUCAGAUUCUGAUCAAAAUAAUGACAACCAUUCAAGAUCAUCCUCGUCAACGAGUUCUGAAAGUCAAUCUGAACACAGUGACCCCGAAGCAGCUUCUCAAGACGCAAAUAGUUCAGAACAUUCGACCGAUGAAUACAGUCCUAAUGAACGACCAAAGAGAGUGACUAAAGUGUCCUCCAAACUUAGUGAAAGUGAUGAAUCUAGUGAUUAUAGUUCUCGAGUUACCAAAACUACGAAAUGGAAAAGUGAUAACAGUUCAGACUAUGACUCUGAAACUGACAAAGAAGAAGUACCUCGUAGUAAAUCAUUAGCUGCCUUACGCCGUCAAAAGCAACCAGUAAGACGACCAGCCACUAAUGCUGUUAAAGCUAACCCUCGUUAUCGACAGAAACGCAUUAGUUAUAGUGGUAACAGCGAUGAGGAUAAUGACGAUUAUACCAAAUCUAGAAAUGCUAGACGACGACCUGCAGCUGUCAGUUACAAAGAAGAAAGUGAAAAAAGUGAUAGUGAUGAUUAUUUGGAAAAAGAGGAGAUUGAAGAAAAGGAAGAAGAACCCGACAAUUCAGAAACUAUUGAAAAAGUCUUGGCUCGUAGAGAAGGCAAGAAAGGAGUCGUAGGUAAUAUCACAACCAUGUAUGCUGUUGAAAAUAAUGGAGACCCCAAUACUGAUUGUCCGCCUGAUGAGAAAGAAACACAAUACUUAAUUAAAUGGAAAGGCUGGUCACACAUUCAUAAUACCUGGGAGUCAAUGAACUCGUUACAAGCUCAAAAAGUAAAGGGUCUUAAGAAAAUUGACAACUUUGUAAAACGAGAAGAUUCAGUUAAAUCUUGGCGAGAUCUCAUGACACCUGAAGAUUCUGAAUAUUAUGAAUGUCAGUUAGAACUUCAACAAGACUUACUGAAAAGUUACAACAUUGUCGAACGAAUUAUAGGAGAAUCAAAAAAUUCAGCGCAGAAAGAAUAUUAUGUUAAGUGGCAAUCAUUACCAUACAGUGAUGCAACUUGGGAAGAUUCUGGUUUAAUAGAAAAAAAGUGGCCACAGAAGAUAAAAGAAUUCCGAGAUCGAGAGGGCUCAAAAAGAACACCUUCAAAAGCGUGUAGAGCCUUAAAAUAUCGUCCCAAAUUUAUUCAGUUAACUGAAGAACCGGAAUAUUUUGGUGGUUACGACGAGAAACUUAUACUCAGAGAUUAUCAGUUACAUGGUGUAAAUUGGUUAGUUCAUUCAUGGUGCAAAGAUAAUUCUGUAAUUCUUGCUGAUGAAAUGGGCCUCGGAAAAACAAUCCAAACAAUUUGUUUCAUUUACUAUUUAUUUCACCAUUAUCAAGUUCACGGGCCAUUUCUUGUGGUUGUACCUUUAUCUACUAUGCCAUCCUGGCAGCGUGAGUUUGCCUUGUGGGCACCUGACAUCAACAUCGUAACCUAUAUUGGAGAUGUUGAAUCUCGGAACAUUAUUCGUGAAACAGAAUGGUGUUUUGAAGGCUCUAAAAGACUGAAAUUCAAUGUUAUACUAACCACAUAUGAGAUCUUGCUUAAAGAUAGUUUAAUUUUGAGUAGUCUUAGUUGGGCUUGUUUAAUGGUAGAUGAAGCACAUCGUUUAAAAAAUGACGAUUCUCUUUUAUAUAAAGCUCUUAAAGACUAUGACACCAACCACAGGUUACUUAUUACAGGGACUCCUCUUCAAAAUAGCUUGAAAGAACUAUGGGCACUAUUACAUUUUAUAAUGCCAGGAAAAUUUGAUUCUUGGGAAGAAUUUGAGCAUAUGCAUGAUAAUGCAGCCAGUAAAGGCUAUACAAAACUUCACAAACAACUUGAACCUUAUAUUUUACGCCGAGUAAAAAAAGACGUAGAGAAAUCAUUACCAGCUAAGGUUGAACAAAUAUUAAGAGUUGAGAUGACUCCUGUACAAAGACAAUAUUAUAAAUGGAUUUUAACAAAGAACUAUAACGCAUUAAGAAAAGGAUCAAAAGGGUCUUCAACAACAUUUCUAAAUAUCAUGAUAGAGCUGAAAAAAUGUUGUAAUCACGCACUUCUUACUAAACCCCAAGAGAACGAAAACACGAGUGAUGACAAUCUUCAGACUUUAUUACGUGGUUCUGGAAAACUUAUGCUGCUUGACAAAUUAUUAGUACGCUUAAAAGAAACUGGCCAUCGAGUUCUCAUAUUUUCUCAAAUGGUACGAAUGUUAGAUAUUCUUGCUGAAUAUUUAAGUUAUCGGCAUUUACCAUUUCAACGACUUGAUGGUAGUAUUAAAGGAGACAUUAGACGACAAGCUUUAGAGCACUUCAAUGCUGAGGGAUCUCAAGAUUUCUGCUUUUUGUUAUCUACUCGAGCCGGUGGUCUUGGUAUUAAUUUAGCAACUGCUGAUACGGUCAUAAUUUUUGAUUCUGACUGGAAUCCACAAAACGACUUACAAGCUCAAGCACGAGCUCACAGAAUAGGACAGAAAAAUCAAGUCAAUAUUUAUAGAUUAGUGACUAAAGGAUCAGUAGAAGAAGAUAUUGUAGAAAGAGCCAAACAAAAGAUGGUAUUGGAUCAUUUAGUCAUUCAGAGAAUGGAUACUACAGGGCGCACAGUUCUUGAUAAAAAGGCAAAAAAUUCUUCAAUACCAUUUAACAAAGAUGAGCUUACAGCUAUUUUAAAAUUUGGUGCUGAAGAGUUGUUUAAAGAUGACCCUGAAGCAGAUGAAGAACCUCUGUGUGAUAUUGAUGAAAUACUAAGACGAGCCGAGACUCGUGAUGAAGCUCCAACAACUGUGGGUGAUGAGUUAUUGUCAGCAUUUAAAGUAGCUAGUUUUACUUUUGACGAAGAAAAAGAUUUAGUUGCUGAUAAAUCGCCCAAUUCCCAAAACGAUCAAGAAAAUAGAGAUUGGGAAGAAAUUAUUCCUGAAACAUUGAGAAAGAAAGUUGAAGAAGAAGAAAAAGCUAAGGAAAUGGAAGAUCUUUAUUUACCGCCAAGAAGUAGGAAAACUUUACAAAAAGUCAAUCAAGGAGAUGGUAAAACCAGUAAAUCAAAAAAAGGUGAAUCUGAUGAAUCCAGUUAUGAUGGAAGUGACGAUGAUCAACCUCGAAAACGGGGCAGGCCACGUAAAGAAGUAGUAAAAGGAUUUACAGACUCUGAAAUUCGAAAAUUAAUAAAGAGUUGUAAGCGAUUUCCUAAUCCAUUGAAACGAAUUGAUGCAGUAGCUGGAGAUGCUGAUUUACAAGAUAAGCCAAAAUCAGAACUCAGGAAGCUAGUACAAACGAUAUAUGAUCGUUGUCAUGAGGCAUGUAAUGAGGAUACACAAAAAGAACCUGAUAUUACAAUGGAGGACGGUGUUAAGAAAAGAAACAGAGGUCCUUCAAUCAAACUUGGUGGUGUAGCGGUUAAUGCUAAAAGUGUAUUGGCUUGUAGUGAAGAGUUAGAUGUUCUUGAUGAUAUAAUACCAUCAGACGAAGAAGAAAGAUCUAAAUGGGGUCUAGAUUUGAAACGUGUGAAAUCAGCUAAUUUUGAUUUUGAUUGGGAAUUAGCUGAUGACUCAAAACUUUUAAUAGGAAUUUAUCUUUAUGGACUUGGUUCAUGGGAAGCAAUAAAAAUCGAUUCCGCGUUAGGACUGAGUGACAAAAUACUUUCUAACGAAGAUAAAAAACCUCAAGCAAAACACUUAUUGGCUCGUGCAGAGUAUUUAUUAAAAAUGAUAAAGAAAAAUCAAGUACCAGUUAAUAAAGGUGAAAUAAAACCUAAAAAAGUACGUAAAAUUAAAGAGGGUAAAUCUAGAGAAAUAAUUGACGAUGACAGUAGUGACAAUGAAAAUAGUACAAAGAAAAAACAAACUGAAAACUCAAUUAGUCAAGAUGAAAAAUCAAAACUAAAAAAGGAUGCAAAUAAUGCAAAGUCAGGGUUAGUUAAUUCUCCAAAAAAAGAGAAAAAACGAAAAGUUAUUACAAAAUCUGGACCUAUGCAUUUUACAGCUAACAGUGAACCAAAGGCUGUAAAUGUUGAUGAUAUUGUAGAGUUACCCAAAGACGUUUUUCUAGAGUGUAAAGAAAAAAUGCGACCUGUAAAAAAGGUAUUAAAAGCUCUAGAUGACCCAGAAGAAAAAAAGAAUGAAUUACGUUAUGCCAGUCAUUUGCAAGAAUGUUUAAUGGAAAUCGGAUCACACAUAGGAAAAUGUUUAGAAGAUUAUAAGGAUCCUGAUAAAAUCAGAGAGUGGAGAAGUAAUUUAUGGUUUUUUGUCUCAAAAUUUACGGAAUUUGAUUCAAAAAAGCUACUUAAAAUUUAUCGCAAAGGAUUACACGCGACUGAAAAAUUAGAAAAAGAAAGUAAAACUAAAGAUAAAAAGAAAAAAGAUAAGAAUAAAGAAGAGAGAAAGAAUUAUAAAAAUGAGGUCGAGUCUGAAGAUCUAUUAAAUCUCAACAAACGUAAACCUCGGGAAGGAGACGAUGUAGAUAAAACACACAAAAAGCCAAAAUUUAAUUCAAGCAAUCAGUCGAAUAAUUUAGGUACUCCUCAAACAUCUGCUACUGCUACUGCUGUAACUGGAUCUCCACCUCCAAGUUCAAGUAAUUCAUCAAACGCCUCGAGAUCGUACGAUCAGAGCAGUAAUAGAUAUGAUAACAAUUAUAACCACCACAGAAAUAGGAGCAGUGCUCCUUAUUCGAGAAGCGAUAGUCGAAGGUAUUCAUCUAGUCGAGACUCUGGUACCCGACGUGAUAGGUACGAUAAUAGUUAUCGUAGUCGUCCUGGAUUUAGAGACCGUGACAGAGAUCAUGAUUCUGAUAUGCGUAUGUAUGAAAAAAUCAGGUAUCAACAAUAUGCUGCAUAUGGUUCUGCAGCUGCUGGUUUCUAUGCACCCGAGUUGUAUGGUCGCUCAGGCUCUGCACAAUACUUGCCGAUGGCAUCAUAUGCCGUACCAGCUGACUGGCAUCCCCCUGUAUCGGAAUACCGAAGAGAUUACGAACGAAGGCCUCGAAACAAUUCCUAACCAUUUUGUAUUUUAUAUAUAGUUAAGAAAUAUAACAUUGAAAGCCAUGUUUAUUGCUAAUCUGAAUUGAAGAAAAAUGCAUUAUAAUGGUUAUUGUUAUAAUGUUUUGUCCUUAUAAAUUAUAGUUGUUUUUUUAAUUUUAUCUUGUACCAAAAUAUAUUAAAUUCUACUUAGUAAGAUUCGAUUAUCGAACAGCAAUUGUAAAUACUUUAUUUUUUUACAUACCAUUAUUAUAUGUAAUGUAUUUAGUAAAAUUCUGACUAGUGUAUAAAUAUCCUUACUUAACCGUUCACUUUUUAUUCUGUUUGUUUUUUAUUUUUUAUUUUAUUUUUAUUUUUAUGAAUUUAAAUUUCUUAAUACAAAACUUUAUACACUUAUAAUGUAUAAUAUUGUUGUCUAUUUCAAUAAGUGAACUUUAUAUUCACUUCGUAAAACAAACCGUUAAUGUAUUUUUAAUUUACGUUUUCCCUUUUUUUUGUUG